CGACCGCCGGAGCCUUGCAGCCGGGAGCCUCCCGCCCCGCCGCCGAGGUUCCUGCCUGAAUACCAGCUUGCCACCUCCAACCCCAGCCCCCCACCACUAUGCACUCCUUGGACGAGCCGCUUGACCUGAAGCUGAGCAUCACCAAGCUCCGGGCGGCGAGAGAAAAGCGGGAGAGGACGCUGAGUGUGGUCCGGCACCGAGCUCUGCACAGGGAGCUUGGCCUGGUGGACGAUAGCCCCACUCCAUGCUCCCCGGGCUCCCCGCCCUCAGGCUUCCUACUGAACCCCAAGUUCCCUGAGAAGGUGGAGGGACGCUUUUCAGCGGCCCCACUUGUAGACCUCAGCUUGUCACCAUCAUCGGGACUGGACUCCCCCAAUGGCAGCAGCUCGCUGUCCCCCGAGCGCCAAGGCAACGGUGACCUGCCCACAGUCCCUACUGCCCCGGAUUUCCAGCCGCUGCGCUACCUGGACAGUGUCCCCAGCUCCUUCCAGUUCUUCCUGCCUCUGGGCUCGGGGGGAGCCCUGCAUCUGCCUGCUUCCUCCUUCCUCACCCCCCCGAAGGACAAGUGCCUCUCGCCAGAGCUACCCCUGCCCAAGCAGCUGGUUUGUCGUUGGGCCAAGUGUAACCAGCUCUUCGAGCUCCUGCAAGAUUUGGUGGAUCAUGUUAAUGAUUACCAUGUCAAGCCAGAGAAGGAUGCGGGGUACUGCUGCCACUGGGAAGGCUGCGCCCGUCACGGUCGAGGCUUCAAUGCCAGGUACAAGAUGCUCAUCCAUAUCCGCACACACACCAAUGAGAAGCCGCACCGCUGCCCCACCUGUAGCAAGAGCUUCUCCCGCCUGGAGAACCUGAAAAUCCACAACCGGUCACAUACAGGUGAGAAACCCUACGUCUGCCCAUAUGAGGGCUGCAACAAGCGCUACUCCAACUCAAGUGACCGCUUCAAGCACACUCGAACCCACUACGUGGACAAGCCCUACUACUGCAAGAUGCCUGGCUGCCACAAGCGCUACACGGACCCCAGCUCGCUGCGCAAGCACAUCAAGGCCCAUGGCCACUUCGUGUCCCAUGAGCAGCAGGAGCUCCUACAACUGCGCCCACCCCCCAAACCACCACUGCCUGCCCCCGACGGCAGCCCCUAUGUCAGUGGGGCCCAGAUCAUUAUCCCCAACCCAGCUGCCCUCUUCGGAGGCCCUGGCCUGCCCGGCCUGCCCCUGCCUCUGGCCCCCGGCCCCCUUGACCUCAGUGCCCUGGCCUGUGGCAAUGGUGGGGGUGGGGGGAGUGGGGCGGGCAUGGGCCAUGAGCUGCCAGGCCCUGUCCUGCCCCUCAAUCUGGCCAAGAACCCACUGAUGCCCUCACCCUUUGGGGUUGGUGGACUGGGCCUGCCUGUGGUCUCCCUCCUGGCUGGCUCCACGGGUGGCAAGGCCGAGGGGGAGAAGGGGCGUGGGGCAGUGCCAGUCAGGGCCCUUGGCCUGGAGGGCCGCAAGACCCCCCUGGAAAGGACUGAGAGUGGCCGCUCCCGGCCCAGCCCAGAAGGACUCCCCCUGCUGCCAGGCACCGUGCUGGACCUGUCCACAGGCGUCAAUUCGGCGGCCAGCAGCCCAGAGGCCCUGGCCCCUGGCUGGGUGGUCAUCCCGCCUGGCUCAGUGCUGCUCAAACCAGCUGUGGUGAAUUGAACUCAUCCCAGGGACGACGACCCGAAGCUCCCAGCCCUGCCCCGACGAACGGAAACUUUUCUGCGAAAUAGCAAUAAUGUCCUGCCCCCAGGGCCUGGUUGGCUGUGUUCCCCUGGCAGCCCCAGCCCCAGCCCCAGACAAGCUGGGUGGCAAGGAUGGUGCUAGGUCAUUGCUGGUGUCCCAGGCUCCCAAAGGAGGAACUGCCUACUCGCCAGAGAGACCUGAGCCCCUGAGUGCUGAGGCCUUGCUCACCUCUGGCCCUCAGUCUCCUGGCCCUGUCCUCCACCCUGGUGCCUCCCUCACCCAGUGGCCAACCUGGACAGGUCACCCUCCCUCCCUACCUUGUCACUUGCCAGCCACAUCCCAGCAGUGGGGGCAGGUGGGGUGGCAUCUGCCCCCUCUGCUGGCCCAGGGCUUCCGCACCCCUUCAUGUGGUAAGCUGUGACGAGGAGCCCAGGAUUGAGGCCCCUACCCAUCCUGCCUGAUUUCACCAGGCUCCCGCUCGGGGGCUCCUUGGACCCCUUUCCCUCUGGCCCACCCUCCAGAGGGAGAGAAGACAGACGCAGGCCCCUGCAAAGCCACAGGAAGAGCCACCUUAUCCUUAUGACAAGGUGCCUCCUGCUCAGAGAGGGAGGCCUGCUCGGCCCACUGCCCCUCAUCACCUACCGACCUACCCGAAGCAGCCCCUCUCUGGUUUGGACGGUGCUCUCUGAAACGAGGGAACAGCUGACCACUCAGCUGCCUCUUUACCACUGGCCUCCCCCCUCCACCUUGUAGGGAGCCUUGGGGUGUGGGGAAGGGAGGUGCCAGGACCUCGGGCAGGCCUGGCUCAGGGAACAGGUGGGGUGGGCCUGGCCUGGGCAGUGUCCCUCUUGCACUUGGGGCUGCAGACACCUGCAGGCUGAUAGGAGGCUGGAAGCUGGCUGGGGAUGACCCCACCUUGGGACAGUUCUCAUUCUGGGGUGCCAAGUCACAGCCAGCACACAGGUAAGGGAGGGCUACAGGCCAGUGCUGGGCACAGGAGCUUUCCAGAGGCCAUGGACUGAGGCCUUGGGCUUGGGGGGUGGUGAAGCAGUCAAGACUGCCUAUGGGAGGCCCAGUCCCUCCACCUGGGAGGGGGAAGUUGGUGGAAGCCUGGACUUAAGAUAUGCUGUUUCCUCUGGCUUCUUCCAUCUGAGCCUCUGUCCUAGACUUUUUUUUUUUUAAAUCCCAGGGGCCAGAAUAAGCCAAGG